AUGAAACAAACGGGAACGAUAGCGAGUACCGGUGCUCGGUUUGAAAUGUUGGCAGUUGCGGCGGGGAAGAUCGAGGAAGCCACAAUGACGGUAGUCUUCAUUAACGGCUCGGAGGAGAAGAUUAAGGCGGAGCUGUUCAUGCUUAAUCUUGUCGGGUUGAAGGAGACAAUGCCGUCAUCCCUACGGACCCCGAAGAUGAAUGGGGUUGUGGAAGGAUCGGAAGUAGUGGUGCUGAUUGACCCGAGUGUGACCCAUAAUUUUAUUUCGCUGGUGUUGGUGGAGAAGUUGGGGCUACCCAUUUCAGCAACUCCUAAUUAUGGUGUGGUAAUUGGGAAUGGAAGCCGAUUGAAAGGGGAGGGAAUUUUGGCUAGCCACAUUGGGGGUUAUGGUAGCAGAUUGGAGGAAGCCUUUUAUGAAUCGACUAUGAAUGGGCGGCGAAUCGAGUUGAUAGGGGAUCCAAGUCCGAACCAUGCUUUAGUGUCUUUCAAGGCUUUGGUCAAGACAAUGCAACUCGAAGAUGAGGGAGUGCUAUUAGAACUUCACCAUUUGAUCGUAAGUGAAGAGAACAUACCGGACAUUAGGGAUAUCACCAUUAGUGAGGUUUUAGAUCGGUUCUAA